UAUAUAGACACAGGAUCACUAGGCGUCAGAGGAUAAGAGACCGACCGGAGAAGAUGAGCAGGGUGUGCGUCACCGGAGCUGCAGGCUACAUCGCGUCCUGGCUCGUCAAGAAGCUCCUCGACAGAGGCUGCACCGUCCACGGGACCGUCCGAAACCUCGGGGAUGAGAAGAAGACGGAGGUGCUCAGGGGGCUUCCCGGCGCGGCGGAGCGGCUGGUGCUGUUCGAGGCGGACAUCUACGACGCGGCCACCUUCGAGCCGGCGAUCCAAGGCUGCGAGUUCGUCUUCCUCGUCCCUGCCCCGCUGCACCACAACUCCGGCAGCUCCAAGUACAAGGACACCACUGAAGCGACCAUGGACGCGACGCGCACCAUCCUGCAGCAGUGCGAGCGGUCCAAGACGGUGAGGCGUGUCAUCCACACGGGCUCCGUUGUCACGGCCUCGCCGCUCCGGGAGGACGGCGACGGGUACAAAGAGUUCGUGAGCGAAUCCUGCUGGACCUCACUCGGCCUGCCCUACGACCACAGCAACGAACACCUGGACGCUUAUGUAUCCUCGAAGACCAUCUCUGAGAAGGAAUUACUCAAGUACAACGAUGACUUCUUCGAGGGCAGAGUGCUCGACGUUGUUGUCUUGGUAUGUGGCCUCGUAGGAGGAGACACCCUCCUUCCGCACAUCAGCGACAGCCUCCAUGCCAUGUUGUCACCUCUAACUGGCGCCGAGCUCUAUCACAACUCCCUCAAGUUCCUACAAGCCCUCCUCGGCUCCGUACCACUGGUGCACGUCGACGACGUCUGCGAGGCACACGUCUUCUGCAUGGAGAAAUCGUCUGAUGUUGUUGGUGGCCGAUACCUUUGCACCACCGCGCACACCAACAUGCAUGACAUCUUGGAGCACUACGUCCGCAGGCACCCCGAACUCGAGCGGAUCAAAGAAGUGGUGGGAGAGGGAGUGAGAGUGCAGGCUAACACAAACAAGCUUGUGGAGCUGGGGUUCAAGUAUAAGUAUGGAGCAGAGGAGGUGCUUGAUGGAAGCGUGGAUUGCGGGAAGAGGUUGGGAUUGUUGUAA